UUGCCACUUUCCCGUCCGGAGCGGAUGCCCGGCAUCCUCCGUAACCUGUUCCGUUUGUAAGAAAAUGCAUUUUUCACGUCGAACGAUAGGGUUUCAAUGGGAAUUGUGGGUGUGUUUCAUGUGGGGUUUUUCGGCUGCCGUCCGAAUGGGGGAAAAAGGGCUGAUGGGAUUCCUGGUGCGAUAGAAUGGUAGUGUGCUAGCGAAGAAAAUUUGGUUCGGGUUCGAAAAUUAUGUAAUGGCUCGUCGUUCUAGCGGGUUUCACCUUCCAGUUGCUAGGGUGCGAGUUCCGUCGGGAGUGGCACCGCUCUCGGAAGGUGAAACUUGCUUUUCCAUCAAAGCACUCCAUUUCUUUGUUGUUAUGUAAGCGUUUCAUCGCCUUUCGGUCGUCUGUCACUUCAAACUUGCGCAAAGAAUAUCCUUCCGCGGAAAUGUUUACUCAAUAGCAAAGAAACAAGAGGGUGUCGCAGUGCCAGAGUUGUUCCAGAAUUUUAGGACUAACUAAAAUUAGAGCCAUUAGACAACAAAUGGGCUUUACUUCUCCCACUUCAAUCUGGCAAGGACCAUUGCCCCUCACCUCACAGCCAAAUGGCCUUUAAGAAAACCUGUGGGGCGUUUUCCCACUCAUUAACCGGGAACGAACUUCCUCACCCGCCCUCCGGAAAGCACUAAAUCAGAAACAAUGGGAUCAAAGCGAAAAAAAACUGAGCCAAAAUCAAAAUGUACCACAAGCCAAAAGUGUAAUACCUACUCUGCAGAAGACUCGAAAUUACCCGCGAGAGAGAGAGAGACUCGCACAGAAAGGCACAGAAGAAAGCUUCUCAGAUUCAGUCAAGAACCGCAUCAAAAGCGUAACAUCAACCAACCAACACACAACAACAACAAAGCUGCUGCCCCAUCGGAACCGCUGAUCUGCUUGCUGCUGUUUUGAAGCUGAAUAUCCCGGCAGGGAGCGAACGCGUGCAGGAGUAUACAGAUCCUUCAGCGAGGAGCCGUCCCCGUCACUGGACAGAAAUCCCGCGCGCCCACCUUCCCAGAUCCCGGUACUCAGCCGGUCAGCUCUCCUCCCGGAUUCGUUAGAUCGACCGAUGCAGGACGACGAAUCCCGUUCAUCUAGCGGUCGCGACAAGUAUCGCGACCAGCAACGUCACCGCAGUCGUGACCACGAUCGGGAACGGGAUCGUGACAGGGAUCGAGAGCGAGAACGAGACCGCCGAGAUCGACAUCGAGACAGGAGCCGCGAGCGUGAGCGGCGACGCGAUGACAAUCAUCGGGAUGAUCGGUACCGAUCGGAUCGAUAUCAGGACGAGAGGAAUCGCGAUCGUGAUCGCUCCCAUCGGGAUAGAAACGAUAGGGACCGAGACUAUCGUAGCAGCAGCAAGCGAGAUCGUAGCAGAAGUCGAAGUCGCGAUCGCAAGCGAAAAAGUCGUUCACGAUCACGCGAUCGUCGUCGAGAUGGGUCACGUUCUCGUGAGGGAAGCAAUUAUUCCAAGGAUCGUGAGCGUGGCCGAAGAGAUUUGUCGAUCGAAAUAGAACAGGAGCUGCAGAACUUGCGAAAGCUCUCGGAUAUGAAGGCAGCAGCCAGUGCCAAAGCACAAGAAACCGUGAGCGGUGAGACUGGAUCUGAGUCAAAAACUAUGGAUGCGGACAAUUCAAACAGUAAUAGUUCAGCGAUGGUGGAAAAAGAGGAACCCAAAAAUAGUAUUAGCAAAUUCUUCAGUAACAGCAACAGCUCGAAAACGGAAUACGUUCCGGAGAUCCAAACUGAAGAGGAGCGAAUCGAAUUUCAGAAGAAAAUGCAGGAAAAGUUGCAGGCUCACCUUGCUGCCGAGGGAAAGCUCUAUCCCAAACCGAAGCCUACGCCUGUAAUCAACACUGCCACGGGAUUUGCCAACGAUGGUUCCUUCCUGGAGAUGUUCAAAAGAAUGCAAGAGCAGGCGCAAAUGAAUUGCGCUACCACGGCGAGCGAGGAAAGUUAUCCCACCGCAACGGUAGUAGCCAGUGCCGUCGUCCCAGCCGCGGUGGUACCAAUAGUAGCCCCAGUGGCCUCCAGUUCGAGUCAUGCAACGCCAUCCCAGCUGACAAAACCCCAACCAGUGCCGAUUCCGAUCGUGGGACGACGAAGGGGAGGAAAGAUUCUCAAAACCGGAGUGGUCAAAAAGCAGAAACCGAUCGAAGAGUCGUUUGCCGAGUCACCGAAUGACGCGUGGAAUCUCUAUCUGCAGGAGGUCAAAAAGUACAAGAAUGCGUCCUGUGAUGCCGAUUCCAAAACGCGGCCAUUAGUAAAGUAGAGUGCGCCGGCGGAGAAAGUAGCUUAUCAGUAAUUUUAGCGGAAUAAUCGUGAAGUGAAAGAGACGGGAUGGUUGCGAAGAGUGAUUUAUGUAGGUUUACGCGCAAUCGAUUAGUAGGAUUACCAUUGAGACAAAGUUUAUAUUUAGCCUAAUACAACAUUGGGAGUCAUGUCGAGGUUCCGGAUGAGAACCGGAAUCAAUCGACCAUCACUUUAGUUUUAAAAUUCCAAUUGGUUGCCCCCCUAGCUUGUAAGAAUUGUAGACAUGUACGAUACGAAAUUUUCGUCUGGUCAAAAUGCAUUUUCUUGUAUAA